AUGGUUGAAUUAUUACCACUGUUGCUAAAUGACGUUAAGGAAUUCACACCCGAAACGUGGAAGAGUUUCGAGACGAAUUUCCCUGAACAAACCGCCGCAUGGAGGGAGAGUGAACCUCGUGUGAAGAAGUUCUACGAGUUUAUUAAGAGCCUACCCAAGAACCAGAAUAUUGUCGAGGAUCCGGAAACCUUCAAAAAGUUCGUUGAGAUCGGCCUCCAGAAACUUUUGCCAGCUGAAGCCGUUAAGGCCUGA